GUGGUGAAGUCAUAAUUUCAGUCAAGGGGGUGUCUGCUGUAUUUAAUUUGGCAGCACACUCUGCACUGGGUUGUACAGGAAGAGGAAGAGCGAGAACAGAGCACUACAAGGACCCACGUUCACCUGGAACUACUAAAAGAACAACAUGGCAAACAGAGGUCCCGCCUACGGUCUGAGCCGUGAGGUUCAAAGUAAAAUCGACAAGAAAUACGACCCGGAACUGGAGGAGAGGCUGGUGCAGUGGAUCAUAGCCCAGUGUGGCUCUGGGGUCGGUCAACCUGAGCCAGACAAGACUGGAUUCCAAAAGUGGUUGAAGGAUGGAUGUGUGCUCUGUGAGCUCAUCAACAGCCUAUAUGGAGCCAACAAACCCAUUAAAACAAUCAAAAACUCCACCAUGGCUUUCAAACAGAUGGAGCAGAUUUCCUUGUUCCUCAAGUACGCUGAGGCAUAUGGCGUCAUCAAGACGGACAUGUUUCAGACCGUGGACCUCUUUGAAAGCAAAGACCUUGCUGCUGUUCAAAGAACCCUGAUGGCCCUGGGUAGCUUGGCUGUCACAAAGAAUGAUGGCAAUUACAGAGGAGAUCCCAACUGGUUCCAUAGGAAGGCACAAGAAAACAGGAGAGAUUUCUCAGAAGAGCAGCUGAGCGGAGGCAAAAGUGUCAUCGGUCUGCAGAUGGGCACAAAUAAAGGAGCAUCCCAAGCUGGUAUGACAGGUUACGGACGGCCGAGGCAGAUCAUCAACAACAACCCCUGAACGCAGGGAUGGAAAAACUCUGACUUUGAUCAUUCCAUGAGGAGAAGCUGGAUUGUUUUCAAGGCGUAACUGGACCAAAGUAGGGACCAAAGAAAGAUGUGAACAUGCUACAAUGCAGACAUGAUGUUACCUAAAUUUUGGCAAUUAUUUGUCCUCAGCAGUUUUCUAGGGUCUUUGUGAAUUUUAUUUCAGCAUUCCAAGUUCAGGUUUUAACUUAUAACCUUAAAAAUAAAUUGUGCUCAUUAUAAAAAAAAUAUCCUCCUAAGCUGCAAUUUUUUUUGACUUGUGUACAACUCUAUAAGAGCUUUUAUUUUCUCCAUUUUUACACUAUGCCCUCAUGUAGUUACUUUUUUCCCUUUCAUGCAUAUCUUGGUUAUUUUCAGCAUAUUAUGGUUGAGAAAAAGUCAAAACUGCAGUCUUACUCCAGUCUGGAAUUUUCCACUUUUUUAUUUUCUAUAACUUUGAAUGGAAACUGAGCAAAUUGUUCAAUGAAAGUUUGCAAAUCUCAAGCAAAUACUGAGUCUGAGCAAAAUCACUCGAACGCAACAGAAGAAAAGAUGAGUGUUUGGAGAGAUAGACAUGUUCGGGAUCCUGUGGUUUGCAGUAGAACUUACCACAAAGCUCUAUUUAUAGGGGGAUUUCUUUGUGUUUUUGGUUUCAGAAACUAAACUGCAUUGUUAAAAAAUGGUUUGGAAAGAAGAAUAAAAGGCAGUUGCCUGUUACCAGUACAAUGAGACAAUCUGCAGCUAGCUGCUGCCAGUUGACUUAUUCUGAAUUUUAAAAAAAUGUUUGACCAUCUGUUAAAGAGUAAGAUAUAAUAAAAAGGAUUUAAAAUAAAGUUUGAUUUAUCUUA